GGACUCCAGCUGCCUCCGAUGACAGCCUGACGAAGCCGGGCCCAGGGCAGCGCUCGGCCGAGCCCACCGGGCCAGGGGCUGCGGGGAGAGGCAACCAGCCGGCCAGAUGGCCGGAGAAUCCCGUGCCGAGCAGCCCGGGGCCGCUGUGCCGGCCAUGAGGGCCGGAGCCAGGCGCUGAGGCCGGGAGCGGGAGCCGCCGCCAUGGCCUCGUCCCGCCGGGCCCGCCACAGCGGCCCUCCCGACGGAGGCUGGGGAUGGAUGAUUGUCGCUGGCUGCUUCCUUGUCACCAUCUGCACCAGGGCCGUGACAAGGUGCAUCUCCAUUUUUUUUGUGGAGUUCCAGGCAUACUUUGGGCAGGAUUAUGCCAGAACUGCUUGGAUCCACUCCAUUGUCGACUGUGCUACGAUGCUUUGUGCCCCGCUUGGGAGUUUAAUCAGUAAUCAUGUAUCCUGCCAAGUUGGUAUCAUGCUAGGAGGGCUGCUUGCGUCUGCUGGACUAAUAUUGAGCUCAUUCGCCACCAGUCUGGAGCAUCUCUACUUAUCGUUAGGAGUCCUCACAGGACUUGGUUUUGCACUCUGUUAUUCUCCAGCCAUUGCGAUGGUGGGCAAAUACUUCAACAAAAGGAAAGCGCUGGCGUAUGGAAUAGCCAUGUCAGGAAGUGGAAUUGGUACUUUCAUUCUGGCCCCUGUGGUCCAGCUCUUAAUUGAACAGUUUUCCUGGCGAGGAGCUUUGCUCAUCCUAGGAGGUUUUGUUUUAAACCUCUGUGUCUGUGGUGCCUUGAUGCGGCCUAUUUCUCUUAAGGAGGAUUGUAAAACCGCUCCUGAGUUUCUUGAACAGAAUUAUGUCCCUGAAACAGACAAGCAAGACUUAAAGCGAAUGUCCAUCUGUUCACCUUUAAUCAAAUUAUGGCCUCAUGAACGUUUAUGCUACUGUUCACGGAAGGAAUAUGACUUUUUGCUGAUGCCGGGCUUCAUGGUGCUGGCAGUGUCAAUUUUAUUUAUGGCAUAUGGCUGCAGCCCUCUUUUUGUCUACCUAGUGCCUUAUGCUUUGAGUGUUGGAGUGAGUCAUCACCAGGCUGCCUUCCUCAUGUCCAUACUCGGUGUCAUAGACAUCAUUGGUAAUAUCACCUUUGGAUGGCUCACAGACAGAAGGUGUCUGAAGAAGCAUCGGUACUUUUGCUACCUCUUUGCUGUGGGAAUGGAUGGCCUCUGUUGUCUUUUCCUGCCAGUUCUCCAAAGCUUCCCCUUGCUUGUGCCUUUCUCAUUUACCUUUGGCUACUUUGACGGAGCCUAUGUAACGCUGAUCCCUGUCAUGACAGCAGAUGUAGUGGGAACCUCUUUGCUAUCAUCAGCACUGGGUGUUGUGUAUUUUCUUCACGCCAUACCAUAUCUAGUGAGCCCACCUGUGGCAGGUUGGCUUGUGGACACAACUGGCAGCUAUACUGCAUCAUUUCUCCUGUGUGGAUUUUCUAUGAUAUUUAGUUCAGCACUGUUGUGCUUUGCAAGACUAGCAAAGAAAAUCAAAAGAACACAUUUGCAGUCCCUCACUGGUACCACAGCCUUGAAACAGCACAUCUGGACAAAUGGAGCAAUAGCUUAUUCUGUCACUGCAGAAUUAGACCAAAGGGAUGUUGAAGUUUUGGCUGUGGAUACAAACAGCUACAGCAACAGUCGGCUUGAAUCUACUUACAACAACAGUAAUACCAAGUUAAUGCAGUAAUAGAAGAAAGCUUGUCUGAAAAUGGAGUUUGUAGAUACAAGUGUUCACAGAUUUAUUUGAAAUGCAAUGUUGACUCCACAGGUAUCAGUCACCAAAAUUGAACAAUAACAUUUACAUUUAAAAAUAUUAUUAAUGACACAAGCUUUUUCAUUUUGUGGUCUAGUAUGUUUUGAUGGACUAAUCACAAACACCAUUAUAAAACCUCUACAUUUAUCAAUCUGCAUGAAACUCUUUGUAAAUGAGUGUUUCAAAUGCCAAAGUAAUCGGUUUGUUCUUCCUUUUUGUUUGUUUGUUUGUUUAGAAAAUAUGGCAGAAAAUUGAUUUAUACUGAAAGUAUAUCUGGAGCAACUUUAAUUUUUACAAUGUGCCUGAACUUUGUACAUACAUUGCAAUUUAAUUUCAAAUAUGGUUUUAGACCUGCUUUCCCAUGUGCUCUAUAGCAAUUUUCACUUUUUUUCUUUUCUUCUGGAUACCUUUAGAAUUUGAAUUUCUAAACACUGACGUUCUGAGUAUGAUCUUUCAGCUGAUCCUUGUCUUGGAGGGUAGAAAAUGUGCUGUGGUGGCUCUGCUGUCUGAAGGGGAGUAAAUUUGUGCCAUGGGAUCAGGCAUGCUGAUAGACAAAUGUGCUUUAAUUGCAUUAGUUGGAAGGUGCCCAAAGGCAGCCCAAGAGACCAGAGAAGCUCCUGUGUUUUCAAACACAGAGCCUCUUUCUCUUGUUAAAAUCAGCACCUAUUAAAGAAUUUUACAGUCCAUGCAACCAGAUGGCUGAGAGAUUGCCCACCCCACAGGCUGACAGUGGAGAGGAUGUUGGCAGAAUUGUUUCUGUAUUGCAGUUGCAAGCCUGUCUCUUUUCAGACCCAGAAGCUGCAUCUUCAGGUGGUGCCAAUUGCUCAUUUGUACCAUCUGAAGAGCUGUCAGGUCACUUUUCCUUGAUGGCCAGAACACAAGAGCUGCGACUUGCUGACAGUUUCCUGCUACUUGUGUGAGGAAUUUACUCCAGUUGGCUGCUUCCCAGGGAGUGAAUGUAGCUCCUGGAGUAAGUUACUGAUGUGGUGGUCUAAUAAGUACCGGGAUUUUCUACAUUUCCAGAGUGAAAACGUUGUCAGCAAUGGAAAACUUCACAUUCCAUAAUUCAAAUAGUUUCAGUGUUUUGAUGUUGUAUCAAGCUCUAUUCUGUUCAUUAACAAAUGGAUCAGAGUCCAAAUAAUUUUCACUUACACUGAACUAGUAGUUUUGUUAGUCUUCAGUGUGUUCAAUGGCUGCUCAUGGUGUCCUUUUCCACCCUGUGCCUUGGAAGUGAAAGCAACAUAGACUGAUGUUCACCAGUUUUAUUUAGACCAAGAGUACAGACAUAAGAGUAUAAUGUAUUUAUAUAUAUAUACACACAUAUAUGUAUGAACAGCAUGUGCAUCAAGUAGUUUUAUUAUCCAAGUGUAUUUCAGAUAUAACAUAUUAAAAUUGUUUAUAUUUAAAUGAAGCAUUUUUCACUGUCCUGCUUCAGGAAUGUAGUCAGAGCCAGUAGCACGAUCUAUGUGAACAGACCGUAGAAUAAGCGACAGCAGUGCAAAAUCUUCUUAAAGCCCAUUUUGUAACUUCUCUUCAGCUCAGCGUGAAAAUUGAGUCUUGGGCCCCAGUUUAGUUUUUAACAUAUAUUAGGAAAAAAAAAAAAAAAUAUUCAUGGGUGUUUCUUAAUGAGUUAGGAAAAAUAUGCACAU